AUGGCCUUCCGCAGCGGAGGAAGCUGGGGUCAGCUCCCAUCACAGAGUGCAGCCCCGACGGUGAGGGCUGAGCCGGCCUUUGAGCCCUGGGUGACCGUCCUGCAGCCGCUCGCAUGGGCCGCCCCACCUCCGCCCCCGCAGCCGGGCCGAGUGAAGGAAGACCUGCUGGAACUGAUGUUGCUGCAGAACGCGCAGAUGCACCAGCUGCUGCUGAGUCGCCUGGUGGCAGCAGCGCUCCACCCAGGGCCAGCUCCGCCCCAGCCCCACCCGCAGGUCUACCUGGAGGGUCAACAAGAGGAAUAUAAGGAGGAGGAGGAGAAGCAAGCCCAGGAGGAAGGGCCUUUGGUGUUCCACCACCACUACCUCCCCUGCCCGGUGCCCAGUCCGGGUCCCCUGCUACCCUGGCCGGUCCCUUUUCUUUCUCCGCCCCCACAUCAGCCUUACUUGCAGGACACGUCCAGGAUUCAGCACCACCCUCCUGCCUCUGGGAGAAGGGGGUCGAGAGCCAUCCCCCCGCCCCCACCCCCCAGUGCCACAGGGACUGUGGGUGCGGAUGUACCCCCGGCUUCAGUGAGGCAGGAAGGGAGCCAAGGCGAAGGUGCUGUUCUCUCCCCAGACUACUAUGAUGCUGAGAGCCUACCAUGAGGACAGAUGCCAGCCCUGGGACCCUGCCAGCUUUACCGCAGGGCUGGAAAGAGCCCUGGAGCCCUUACGUGCCCCUCUAGUGCCUGUGACUCUGCACCCAUGCCCAACAGCCCUUCUCCUCCCUUAGCUGCAGCCAGGCUCUCUCCUGGGUGAAUCAAUACACUCUUCACCCCAUUGAAA